AUGAUUUUAUACACAAGUAGCGAUGGUAAUUUACGUUGGAACACAACAGGUGAAACUGUAUUUAAGUCGCGAAAUAUUACUAGCGGUUCUAGAGGUAUUUAUAUCCACUCUAGUGAUACAAUGUAUAUCGCAGAUAUGGGCGUUGUAUGGAAACUAUCACCCAAUAGAGCCGUAGUCACUGCUGUAGCUGGAAUUUUAAAUUCAACUGAACCGAACAGUACUCAGUUGAGUUAUCCUCAAGAUGUUUACGUGGAUAGAUACGCAAACACAUAUUUCUAUGUUGUUGAUUAUGGUAAUAAUCGUGUUCUGAAAUUUCCUACAAAUUCUACUUCAGACGGUAAUGGAACUCUUGUAGCUGAUGUGAAUCAUUCUAGCAAUAAAAACACAUCAUUCGACCAACCUUCAGGUAUUGCACUAUCACCAUCGCUCAUCGAUAAUUUAUUCAUAACACUUUAUGGUGAACAUUCAAUAAUACGUUGGACAUCAAACAUGUCUUCGGAUAUUUUUGUAGCUGGUACUUCCGAUGUGCCAGGUUCACACUCGACUUUACUUAGAAAUCCAAGAGGUAUUAGAAUUGACCAUAACCUAAACAUAUUUGUUGCUGACGCUGAUAGUCAAACGGAUAUCAUAGUUGCUGGUACUGAUGUCGCUGGAGAUUCCUCAGAACAAUUGAAUACUCCUCGCACUGUAGCAUUCGAUUCGAAGAUGAAUAUGUAUAUUGCUGAUUCGAACAAUAAGUGA